AUGGAAGCCGCUAACGUCUCGGUGGCCGCCGCCGGCGUCGCGCUCGCCCCGGGACCCGAGGCCUGCAGCAGCGGCCCGAGCCCCGGCCCCGGCCCCGGCCCCGGCCCCGGCCCCGGCGGGGUCGCCCUGGCGGGCCGCGAGCCGCCUUUGUCCGUGUUCACGGUGCUGGUGGUGACGCUGCUGGUGCUGCUGAUCGCGGCCACCUUCCUGUGGAACCUGCUGGUUCUGGUCACCAUCCUGCGCGUCCGCGCCUUCCACCGCGUGCCGCAUACCCUGGUGGCCUCGACGGCCGUGUCGGACGCGCUCGUGGCGGCGCUGGUGAUGCCGCUGAGCCUGGUGAGCGAGCUGUCGGCCGGGCGACGCUGGCGGCUGGGCCGGAGCCUGUGCCAGGUGUGGAUCUCCUUCGACGUGCUGUGCUGCACCGCCAGCAUCUGGAACGUGGCGGCCAUCGCCCUGGACCGCUACUGGACCAUCACGCGCCACCUGCAGUACACGCCGCGCGCCCGCCGCCGCGCCUCGGCGCUCAUGAUCGCGCUCACCUGGGCGCUCUCGGCGCUCAUCGCGCUGGCGCCGCUGCUCUUCGGCUGGGGCGAGGCGUACGACGCGCGGCGCCUGCGCUGCCAGGUGAGCCAGGAGCCCUCCUACGCCGUCUUCUCCACCUGCGGCGCCUUCUACCUGCCGCUCGGCGUGGUGCUCUUCGUCUACUGGAAGAUCUACAAGGCGGCCAAGUUCCGCUUCGGCCGCCGCCGCAGGGCCGUGCUGCCGCUGCCCGCCGCCGUGCAGGUGAAGGAGGCCGCCCCCGAGGCCGAGGCGGUGUUCAGGGCGCGUCGCCCAGCGGCGGCCUUUCAGGUGCGCGGGGCCGGGGCGGCGGGGCGCGAGCAGAAGGAGCAGCGCGCCGCCCUGAUGGUGGGCAUCCUCAUCGGCGUCUUCGCGCUGUGCUGGAUCCCCUUCUUCCUGGCCGCGCUCAUCAGCCCCCUCUGCGCCUGCAGCCUGCCCCCCGUCUGGAAAAGCAUAUUCUUGUGGCUUGGCUACUCCAACUCUUUCUUCAACCCCCUGAUUUACACGGCCUUCAACAAGAACUACAACGACGCCUUCAGGAGCCUCUUCAGCAAGCAGAGGUAGAC